UCGCGAAAUAUGGGCACCCCAAAUGGGACAUGGGCAAACUAUGCGUCACUAACUACUUCCUAGUGAACUUAUCGGUGGCCGACCUCUUGGUGGCCCUCGUCUGCAUGCCAAAUGCGGCUUAUGCCGCCUACACCUCCAUCUACAGCUUCGGAGAGUACACCUGUAAAAUAUCGGCCUAUUUCCAGUGCGUUUCGGUGGCAUCGAGCAUCUUCACCAUCACCGCCAUGUCCAUCGACCGCUACCUCGCCAUCACCAAACCCUUCGGCUUCUUCAAUCGCUGCUUCAACAAACGCAACACCGUCAUCGUCAUCCUCCUCCUGUGGCUCCUCUCCUUCGUCCUCUUCCUCCCCGUCCUCCUCGUCACCGGCACGUGGAAAAUGGACGACAUCUUCAUCUUCAACAAGAGUCUCGACAUCCCAGCCUACUUCUGCCGCGAGGACUGGACCACUUAUUUCGGCUCCUCGGGCUCGGAAAUGCGUCAAGCCCUAGGCAUCACCUGGUUCAUCUUCAUGUUCGUGGUGCCAGGGGUGAUAAUGCUGUUCGCCUACUCGAUGAUGAGCAGGACGUUGUGCUCGGGGGUGCCGCCCUUUGACACCAACGAUGGCUUGUCCUGCAUUCAACAGGGAAACAGACUAAUGCGAAGCCGUAAACGCGUCGCCUGCAUCCUCCUCCUUCUCGCUUUCUUGUUCGCCAUCUGCUGGAUGCCCUACCACCUGGUGAGCCUCCUCGACGACCUCAAUAACAGCUCCUACAAGAACCUCAAAAUGAAUCUCGUCCUCUUAGGCCACGCCAAUUCCGCCCUCAACCCCAUCAUUUAUUGCGCCCUUUCGCGCAAAUUCCGAAACUCCAUCAAAGAUCUUAUUUGCAUUGAUAUACAUUUCACCAGACGGAGGCAAAAUAUUCAGUGGGGCGACAGUUCUGGCUCAGGCACCCAACUCCAUUAUUUACACAGGAUUAAAUCAGUCCCGACGGUACAUAAUCAGCUUCAUUUCGCCCUCGGACGCCUCCAGUCAAGCCAGAAAACGACAAAGACUUGUGUGGUUUGAGGACUUUUAGUGUUUCAUCAAUAGUUUGUGUUUUAGUACACCCUAUAUAAUAUCCAACUGUUCUCAAUUAACUUAGUUGCUAAGCAACGAUAAACAAAUCGUCCAUCUUUGUAAUAUAAUUUGUUUUGUUGCUUAGCAACGAUAUAUAAAGUGGUUUGAAAACAGUCGAUAUACAGGGUGUUUUCUUAAUAUUGCAAAAAAUUGCAACUACAUAAAAAACACUAAUUUGUCAAAUAAACGAGAGUUUAGUUUAGGUAUGAAAAUACAGGGUGAUAAAGUUUAUUUCCUCCGAAACCACUUAUUUUCUUUUUUUGUUGCCGUUUGCAAUUUUUCGUAAUUUUAAGAAAACACACUGUAUAUAUUUCGAUGCGUCGUCCAUAUCACGUAUUUUUAUACCGGUCUAGACCUAGUUUUAGGAUUUUUUUGUGUGAAAUGUUUUAUUGUUAUACAGGGUGAGUCACUAACGCAACGUGCAAAGAUACUGACUUGUGAAAACUGAAAUUAUUUUGCGGUGUUGCCAAGUUGACAGUAGAAAAGUAAAAUUUGGCAUAUUGGUAAAGAAGACUUUACUCUAUCGCCUGAUGGAGUUUCUUUUUGUUUUUCUCAUACAGGGUGUUUACUACAAGUGAUCAAAGUGUGCAAUUUUUUGAUAAAGUUAGUAUCGUCCAACGCUGCUUUAAUGUCUCACCCUGUAGAAAAGCAAGAUACGCUUUGCAUUUCCAACUCGGCCAUGGGCCUUAUUCAAUUCAUCAUCAUUCUUGCUACUCUCUGUUCGAUGUUCAUGUCUGUGAUUUUUCUU